UAAUGAUAAAGCAAAGCGCACUCACCGAUUCAAAUCCCCAGCGAAAUCCAAUUCAUGGGAUUCAGAACCAUUACCAAACUUACAUUCUCUUCCUCCAUCCUUCAUUCCUCUUCCGCCUUACAAAUCAGACCGCUGGGGAAUCUCACUUCCACACGUUCCCGGAGCCGUCAUCGCCGGCCUCCCAUGGCCGCCGCCGCCGCUAACCCGUCAUCCACCUCCUCAUCCUCCUCCAACCCUUUUAUUUUCUCCCCCGAUUCUCCCCCUACACUUCUUCUCACACCCCAUCAGAUUAAGCUUUGUUCCCAAGCUCUUGAGGCCUUCACGGACAAGCUCCAGAAGCCUGAUGUCAUCAACCAGGAGUUCGCACGAUUGCAGGCCAAGAGAAUAACUGCAUCUGGUAUGGGGAGAAGAUGCUCUGUGGCACUUGACAAAGUCAACGUAUAUAAAAAUCGUUACAUGGAUGUAUUACCCUUUGAUGAGACUAGAGUUGUACUUGACUCAUGUAAGGAUUACAGACCUUCUGCAAGGGGUUAUAUCAAUGCUAGCUUUAUUUCGACUUCCUCCUCAAAAAGCCUUUCUAAGUUUAUUGCCACUCAAGGUCCGUUACCACACACUUACGAGGAUUUCUGGGAGAUGGUAUUUCAGUAUAAAUGCCCUGCAAUCUUGAUGCUUACUCGUCUUGUUGAUAAUUACAAGAUCGAUAAGUGUGGAGAUUAUUUUCAGGCAGAAGAUGGUCCUAGAGAUUUUGGUAAUCUAAUUGUUGUCUCUAAAUGGAUAAAAUCUUCCAACUCCUCUCUUAUACUGCGCCAUUUGGAGGUGAUCCAUAAAGAGUCGGAAGAAUCUGUGGCUGUUCUACAUAUUCAGUACCCACAAUGGUCUGACCAUGGAGUUCCUAAUGACACACUUGCUGUUCGUGAAAUGUUGAAGAGGCUGUAUCAUUUACCUCCUGAUCUUGGCCCAAUAGUGGUGCACUGCAGUGCAGGUAUUGGAAGAACCGGAACAUAUUGCGCAAUUCAUAACACAAUUCAGAGAAUCCUUAUUGGAGACAUGUCUGCUUUAGAUCUUGUCAGUACCAUUUCUUCAUUUAGGUCCCAGCGAAUUGGAAUGGUUCAAACACUGGAUCAAUACUUUUUCUGCUAUAGAACUAUUGUUGAUGAACUAGAAGACCUUAUAGCUGUUCCACAGUAGAGGCUCGAAACGUUCUGCAGGAUAUCGUUUCCAACCCAAUGCAACUGCUCGUUAAUCUUUUGAAUGACAGGCUAACGAUUGAAUAUAUGUUGGGUCGGGAUCUCACUGUUUUAGAUGUAUAAAGAGUUUGCUCGUUUUUAGCUCUCAGCAUUGAUGAAAUCAGCAGCUGUGCUUCCAGGAAGUUGAUUUUCUUGAGCAACCGAUUAUGAACAAUCUUAGUUCCGUUAUAGAGAAUGGGCUAACCAACUAAUUUUCUCUUAUGGUGCUCACCAUUGAUCAUUUCAAUAAUUGCUUAAUUGAACAGAAUUGAACCAUUAUGAAUUCAGGCAUUGAAUUUUUGAGCUUCAAAUAUUUUGUAGCAAACAUAUGCCACCCAAGUCAUUGUUCUUGGGUUUAUUGGAAUUCCCUUGCUGGAUUAUCGUUACAAGUUUAUUAUAUCCUUCAGUUUGACAAU